AUGGACGGCUUGCCAACACCACCCAACGAGGACUUCCUCGGUCACAAGAGACACCACACCAUCUCCAAGUCAGUCAAGGCCGUUCACAGGACAUCAAAACGCACCAGCUAUCACGGCCACCCGCCUUCGCCUGUCCAUGACACCCACUCAUCACACAGCGGAGAUGCCAGACAUAAGAGAGUGUGGAAGGCCUGCGAGAGGUGCAGAAUGAAGAAGACCAAGUGCGACGGAGAGUUCCCCUGCAAGAGGUGUAAGGACGACGGCCUUGUCUGCACAGCUGGAGUUCGCAAGAAGACCGAGUACAAGCAACUACCGCGCGGAUACGCAGAGGUGCUCGAGAACACGCAGUUUGCCCUCAUUGCCACGGUACACAAGCUUUAUGCUAUGGUCCGAAACCACCAGACAUGGGAUCUCGGCGAGCCAGAUCUCAACGACAGAGGCCAGCCGGUGAUUCACAAUAUUGCGUCCAAACUGGGGUGUAUACGACCCAGCGGGGACAUGGACCUGCCUCCUCAUGCUGUUUUCCCCGAAGACGAAGCCGGCCUCACCGAACUUGCCAGACAACUAGAGGAGCAACAGAGGAGAGAAGCCAUCGCCGCCCCAUUAUCCAGCAACGGCACCACCACUUCCAUCCCCCACAGCCACCACAGUAGACAAAACACGAUCGACUCGCGAACCGACGACCGGGCCAGCUCGUCCUCCCCCGAACUCGACCACUCGGACUUUGAGACCAGCAUGGACAACUACCGAAAAGCGACCUUUGGUACCACCACGGGAGCAACCUCAGCGAUCACCAUGUCACCCGCCAGCCUGUCCUAUCACGACUUUGACAUGUCCGGCUGCCCUACGCCUUCGGUGGACGGCAGGUUCCCACCGCACACGACGCAGUCACCUACCUCGGCGGGGAGCAUUCCCACCAGUCUGAACUGGCUCAACGCGGCAAGGACUUCUUCUACGGCUGUGAUGGACGCGCUGGAGUUUACCUCGCAGCCUGCGGCGCACUACGGGGGGUAUACGUUGGACAUGGACAUGCUUAAUCAGAAUCUGCUAGAGUCCGCGUUUGGAGUUGGAAGUGGGGUGGGGAUGAAGGGGUUGGCUUGUGCGGCGAAUCCGGAUGUCACGCUUUUGGGGGGAAUGGGGGACACGAUGAUGUACGGGGGGGCU